UCUAUUCCUACAGGUAUGCCAUCAGUGCAGUUUGUCCGCGGGAUGCUCUAUCUGUCCCUCACUGUUGUGGGAGUCCCGGGUAACAUUACUGUCAUCCUGGCAUUCCUCCUCUUGCUGUACCAGGAGAACCGGCUCCUGCCAGCUGAUACUAUUGUCCUGCACCUGGCCUGCGUCAACUUCCUGGUGGUGGCUGUUCGCUGCCUGCUGGAGACCCUGGCCUCCCUUCGCCUGGCCAUUAUCUUUGGAGACUUAAGUUGCAAAGCUGUGAUUUAUAUCUACAGAACAUCCCGUUCCCUAUCUAUCUGGCUCACCUUCAUCCUAAGUGCCUACCAGUGCCUGAGUAUUGCCCCUCCUGGAUCACGCUGGGCCUCUAUCCGUGCCUUGGUAGCCCACUAUUUGGGCUUUGUGUUCCUCUUCCUCUGGCUCCUCAACACUGGCAUGAGCUAUGCAACCUUACUCUACGCCCUCGGCGUCCGGAAUGACUCAAGUCUAAUAAACCACAGCAUCAAUUUAGAAUUCUGCUACAUUCACUUUCCUUCAGAAUUGGCCAAAGAGGCAAUCGGGGCAGCCCAGGUGGGCAGAGAUGUGGUGCCCAUGGCCCUUAUGACUCUAGCUAGUCUAAUCAUCCUGGUCUUCCUUUACAAGCACAGCCAGCAGGUGAAGGGGCUCCGUGGCAGCAGCAGUAGUGGUGGCGGCAGGGGGAGGGGUGGGGCCGAGCAACGAGCUGCCAAAGCCGUGAUAGCACUUGUGACCUUAUAUGUGGUCCUCUUUGGGGUAGAUAAUGGGCUUUGGGUGUACACUCUCACUGUGAGGAAGACCAUGAUUUCCUCGCUGAUCUCUGACCUGCGUAUAUUCUUCUCGUCACUCUAUGCAGCACUAAGCCCUGUUGUCAUAAUUGCAUCAAACAGGAAGGUGAAUGGCAGGCUGAGGUGUGUACUGCAAGAGAAGCCUGUUCAGGAGAAAGCCACAAGUCUUUCUACUAUGUGA